AUGGCCUGCCUGUCCAAUAGGCAGCUGAUUACCACUGAAAGUCGGGUAAACGGUAACGUUUUUUCUGUUCACGGAGCAGCUGCAAAGGCAAUUUUCGAUCUUGUUGACUUUUCAGAUGAAUUCAAUACCUACGUGACGGUCAAGUUGCAAAAUGUCAAGUCAACGACAGCCGUCGUUCGAGGGAACAUCCCAUGUUGGGAGCAGGAAUUCAUUUUUGAAACGAAUCGCCUCGACGAGGGAAUGAUUAUCGAACUUUGGUCAAAGGGAGUUUUGUGGGAUCGUCUACUCGGUGUACAUUUUAUGCCGUUGACAGAUGUUCGCUAUUGUGCUGCUCCGGGUGAUGGGCGAUGGCUACAAAUGGAUCAGGAAUUGGAAACGCGUAACGGGCAAACCAUUGGUACCAGCAAACCUACGGGUCAUAAUGUUCUUGUCGAUGCACGUUUUGAACUGCCUUUUGGUGAGUUUUUACGUUUUUUUUUUCGAAUUUUAAACUUUUCCCCCAAACUUUUAUAG